ACCAGGCCUCUGAUGGUUCUCCUGGCAAGCCACCACAGGGGCCACCCCAGGGGCCAGAUGGAUCUGGCUCUGACCCCAGAGACCCACCCAAGGAUGGAGGCAGCAAUUUCUCCCGUAAAGCAGGAACCUCCAUACUGUUCUCCAUAGCGGCUGUAUCAAUUUACAUUCCCACCAACAGUGCAAGAGAGUUCUCUCUCCUCCACACCCUCUCCAGCAUUUGUUGUUUGUAGAUUUUCUGAGGAUGCCCAUUCUGACCGGCGUAAGACUUAGCUUUGGAACCAAACCCUUCUGACCACCCAAGGCCAAGCACAGUUUUUCGGAGCAAAUCUCAAACAGAGGUGCGGGAAAAGAGGACGAGCAGCCCUUUAAACCAUGUAAGUAAACAGUUGAAAAGUUAAGAAAUUAAUAGUUUGAAUUAAAAAUAUGUCUGCCAUGAUUCCUAAAAAUAUGAUGGAUCCAAUACUGUUAGCAUGGACCUCUUUUUGGUAGAUUUUCUAAAUCUCUCUUUUCCUAAUUAUCAAAUGUAUUCAGGAAAGUCUUUGACUUAGUAGUGCCCAUUUUUUAAGGGUUCUGACAUUUAAGUUAAAUUUCACUAAUAUGGUUGUAGUAUAAAGAUCUGCCUUAAAUUCUUUUGCCUUAUUUUUUUGAUCUUAUUUUUUAACCAAAGGAAUAAAAGUAUAACAGGUAAGUUAAUUUUUAGCACUGUCCAUUGACUUCUUGUCAUAGCAGGUGAAAGCUUAGCUUCUUCGGUCCACCGUGACGUUAUUUCCCUCCCUGUGUUCCCUCAACGUGUAUCAGUUUUUAUGAAAUCAGAAUCAAUGUUUACAUUACUACGACUCUGCAAAUAUUGUGCACUGCUGAGCCAUAUAGUUCUCUGACUGUGCCUCCUCCUUGUACGCCCUUCAUUCUUCUUCUUCAAUAUUAAUGAAAUUGGAGCCCUUCUGCACUUCUCUAGGAUAACCCAACCCCCCCUUUUCCUAGCCAACGUGAUCUCACACAGCCACAUGCAGUAAGUAGCUCCCUGCCCGGUCUCCCUGCUUUCACAUUCUUCAUUUUUUCUGUGGAAUUAAUUUCCUGACUAUAUUCACUUGCCUGUUUUCUAACAGCUAUUUUUUUCCCCAAAUGUUUUAACAUUUGUCACAUGCCUAUCAAAAAUAUUUUCCGUCUACUAAGCCACAUCUGUUCCAUUUUUUUCUUGGAGACACUUUUCCCCAAUCUUUUGUCUUCCUACUCCCAUAUAGACUGGUGUUCCCCUAGGCCUGCUCUAUGCCUCUUUUCCUGGGAUAUCUGUGUGAAGUCAUCUGGGAUCUCACAUAACUCUGCUCUCUUAUGUUGGAUCCCCUAUGUCCUAGAUUCUGUUUCCCUCUUGUCUUGUUAUACUUCCUUGUUUUACUGGAGCACAUUUUCGUGGGAAAAGGGCACAUGGGCAGAAAGUUUAUAGAGAUCUAGCCUCUCUGAAACUCCUUCUAUUUGAUAAAGUAUAGAAUUCUCAGUUGAAACUAAUUUUUGCAGUUCUAAAGACACUUCCCUCUCAUCUUCUCAUUUACACUGUUGCUCUUAAACCUGUUGACAUUGUAUGGUACAUUGUACAUUACCGAUUGUAGUCAUUUCCCCCCAUCCCUUCCUUCUCGGGAACCUUUUAGUACCUUCCCUCUCCCUGGGAUUUUGAAAUUUCAUAAUUUGGUUUGGUAUAGACCUUUUUUGUGUGUUUCUUUGACAUUCUGUUUUUUUCUUCCAGGUUCCUAUUAUUCGGAUGUUGGAAGUCUUAGACUUACCAGAUCGCUAACUUUUUUCCCCUCCUGCUUUGCAUUUUGUCUUUUUGUCCUGCUUCCUGGAGAUUUCCUUGACUGUGCUCUAAUCCUUCUAUUGAAUAUAUUGUUUUGUCUACCUUAUUUUCAAUUUAUAGAGUUCUCUUAUAUCCUGUCAUUCUUUUUUUCACUGGUGCAAUUUCAAGUUUUCAUUUGCUCCUGAGUUUUUAUCACUCCCAUCAAUUCCUUCUUCCUGUUUUGUUUUGUGUUUUUUUAAAGCAUCCUUAUAUUUUAUUUUAUUUAUUUAUUUUUUGGCUGCAUUGGGUCUUGGUUUCUGCACGUGGGCUUUCUCUGGUUGCGGUGAGCUGGGCCUACUCUUUGUUGGGUGCGUGGGCUUCUCAUUGCAGUGGCUUCUCUUGUUGCGGAGCACAGGCUCUAGGGCGUGUGGGCUUCAGUAGUUGUGGCUCAUGGGCUCUAGAGCGCAGGCUCAGUAGUUGUGGCGCAUGGGCUCAGUUGCUCUGUGGUAUGUGGGAUCUUUCUGGGCCAGGGCUCGAACCCGUGUCCCCUGCAUUGGCAGGCGGAUUCUUAACCACUGCGCCACCAGGGAAGUCCCAUUCCUUCUUCCUGUUUUGAUCUCUUACUUGUUGGGGGCUUCCCUCAAACGUGUGAUGGUCCUUGGCUGUCUGUUAAGAUCUAAUUGGAAGCAUCACUUGGACAACUCGUUAACUGAUGGGCCUCACUGCAAGGAUUUGGGGACCACGCCUCUGAACCCUGAGCCUGCCUUGGGUUCUGUAAGACGAACUGGUUUUCUUGUUCCUGUCCUAGUCACUCUCCGUAUCUCCAGGGCAGCUUACUAAAAAGUAUAACUCAUGCUCAACAAUAUUUCUAGAUGACAGCAUAGUCAGCCAGCCUAAUCUUAGAACCACAAUAAAACGGUGAGUACAACUAGGUUGCCAAGGGCUGAGUGACAGACCCCCUUAUCGCUAAAAGCAUCCUAGCCAUACAUAAUUUCAUUCAUUUGAAUUGUCCUUUUCAGUGAUCAGGUUAAAAAACUGGUGUCAACUAUAUAUUGAUUUCAAGGACCUAAAUAUGAAUUUUCAGUUUCCAUUUUAAUCUUAGAGCGCAUGAUAGAAGGGAAAGCCAGUUAGCAAAUAAGAAAUCCCAGAAAAAGUAUAAAUCUUUAUUUGACGCAUCUCUGUUGUUAAGCCAUUGUUGAACAUAAUGAGAAAGAGAGGUACUUUUUAUUGGCUAUUUCUAGAAAAAAUUAUUUCUUUAUGAGUUGUAGUCCUCAAACAAUGUAUACUACUUUGGAAGCUACUCUUAGAAGAAGGAACAGCUUGUCCCCUACUGGCACCAAAGCGAAUCUGCAUUUAAAUUUAAUUGGAUUUUGUCAGAUUUAUCCCACUGUGCAUUUUUUUUUUUCCUGCACUAUUUCUGUAUGAAAUUUUACUUCUCCUUCCUGUCCCCCAGAGAGGGGGAGAAUAUAUCAAACCAGUCUUAAGAAAUACACACUCAAGCUUAAUUUCUUUGUAGAUGAAAUUUGUUCAACUGAGGUUUUAACUUAAUAGACACAUUUAAUUUUUGUUUAUAUAUAUAAAUAUAUCUCCAACACACUGUAUCAAUCACAGCAGAGAACAAGAAAAGAGGUGAGGUUUCGGAAACAUGGCUGUGGUCAGGCUUAUACUUAAGGAGACACGAACAGUGUCAUGAUGAUGGAAACUGUUCUUUAAUUUCUGGGAGCACCUCAUAGUCCACAAUUGGAGAUGCACUUUCAAAACACCCUAAUGAUGAACCUUUCAAGCUUAUUUAGGAGAAAAAAACCAAACGGGAUGCAGAGCUUCUUGCCUCCUCCCUCGCGGUUGUCCACGAAACAUUAACAUCUCCUUAGGAUAUGAAUGUUGAUUUUCCAGAACACAGUUUGGGAAAUGCUAUUUGAAAAUAUUAAUGUCCUUAUCCUUAAUUUUAUUUGUUGUCUUAAUUUUAUAAGCUAAUUAUAUUUUUAAUUGGUUUUUAAUGUGCCAGCUUUUUUUUUAGCUAUUUAAAUGAUCAGUAACUUCUACUUUAAUUAAAGACAGCAAGUUCACAGUCAUAAUAAGGUAACUUUCCUCUCUUGCUUACAAUAAUAGUUGCAGUCAAAUCAUGUUUCAGCAAAAACUGAGCCCCAUCUCUAAAGUCCUGAGUUUGGGCACUUAUCACAGAAUCACUGAAUGUUUUUAUUCAGCCAAGACACUGAAUCUGUGGGUACCAAAACCACUCUACUUUGGCUAGAGUCGCAGCUUCUUUUGAAUUCAAAAGAGUCUGAUGUCCAGUAUAUAAUUCAAAAGUACUUUGAAGGCUAACCUUGCUCAGGGACUUCCCUGGUGGUGUAGUGGUUAAGAAUCUGCCUGCCAACGCAGGGGACACAGGUUCGAGCCCUGGUCUGGGAAGAUCCCACAUGCCGCAGAGCAAUUAAACCCGUGCGCCACAACUACUGAGCCUGUGCCGUAGAGCCCGCGAGCCACAACUACUGAGCCCGUGUGCCACAACUACUGAAGCCCACGCACCUAGAGCCCGUGCUGUGCAACAAGAGAAGCCACCACAGUGAGAAGGCCGCGCACCACGACAAAGAGCAGCCCCCGCUCUUGGCAACUAGAGAAAGCCCGCGCACAGUAACAAAGACCCCAUGCAGCCAAAAAUAAGUAAAAUUAAAUAAAAUUAAAAAAAAAAAAAAAAAGAUUAACCUUGCUCAGACAAGUAGGUUUCAUCCUUUUUUUUCCCGACCUAGUCUAAUUUUUGGAAGUACAGUAAAUUUUAAUUUGCUCUCAUUAAGUUUUAAAAAUGAUCAUUCAUCACAUUCAUUAUUGGUGAAAUAAAGGUUUACUGAGAAAAUUAAUAGGGCCAAUUGGCUUUUAGGAAUGAUUUUGAAAAUGUUUAUCAUGGGCUUAGUUUUCAGUGGGGUAGUUGUUCUCAGUGGGGUAGGUGAGCCUUAUUAGUAUCACUUAUGCAACUUUUCAAGAUAUAUGUUUCUGGAUGCACAAAGUCCACCCGCCUGCCCCCGCCUCCAAGACACAGUGUCUGUGUGUCUGUCUGUCUGUCUCUCUCUCUCUCACCCACGGACACACACCUUCUGACAAGAUGGGGAAUGAUGUGAAGCAUGAUUAUAUGGACAAAAGCAUCCCGAGUGAUUCUCCGAUCUUAACCCUAACUCAUUCAUCCCUAAACUUUGCUGCACGCUGCAGUCAUCUGGGGAUCUUUAAAAACAGUCCUGAUGCCCAAGUCAUACCCAGUGCCGGUUAAAUCAGAACAUCUUGAAGCAGAAGCCAGGCAGUUUUUAAAGCUUCUCAGAUGAUCCCAGUGUGCAGCUGAGCUUGGGAGCCACUAUUUGGUUAGAGGGCAGGAGAAAGAGAACUGCUUCUGAUAAUUAGUGGGACCUUAGGUAAGUCAGUUUUAAACCUUGGUUCCCUUAUCUGUAAAAUGGGUUGUUUAAUUAAAUGUCAUCUACGGUUCAGUGGUCCUUUCCAUCAUAAAACUUCUAAUGCUGCGAUUUUAAAAUCCAUUUGAAGAUGAAACUUUGAAGCGCUAUAGAAGUAUCCAUCUCUGAUGCUAACGGUGUUACAGGCCUUUAUACAAGUGCUAAGAUUCUAUAGACCUAUUAUAAAAUUCAGAUUUGCCUUCCCUCAAUUAUUUUGAGUUUCAUUUUAGACACUGAGAACAAAGGGGAGCAUAUAACUUAACCAGAGAACCCCUUUGUUGCCUAAUAUACAACAUCUGUGAAUAACUUAGGAAUAUAGUAACUUAAAAAAGACUACCGGGCUUCCCUGGUGGCGCAGUGGUUGAGAGUCUGCCUGCUGAUGCAGGGGACACGGGUUCCAGCCCUGGUCUGGGAAGAUCCCACAUGCCGCGGAGCAACUAGGCCCGUGAGCCACAACUACUGAGCCUGCGCGUCUGGAGCCUGUGCUCCGCAACAAGAGAGGCCGCGAUAGUGAGAGGCCCGCGCACCGCGAUGAAGAGUGGCCCCCGCUCGCCGCAACUGGAGAAAGCCCUCGCACAGAAACGAAGACCCAACACAGCCAAUAAAUAAAUAAAUAAAUAAAUAAUUAAAAAUGAAUAUCUGCUUUAAAAAAAAUUGUCUUUAAAAAAAAAAAAAAAGACUACCUAAGGACUUGUAUCUAUCUGUUCAUUAAUACUUUAUUUAAAAUAAUUUGGAAAUACCUGUCAUUAAUAGUAUACUGUGUAGUAUUAUGCUGUAUUAUUAGCACUGCUUAUUUCAGGAUAGCUAGACCUAUCAUCAGUUUUGUGGCUAUAAAAUUUUGCUAUUAAAUUUUCUAAUAAUUAUGUAAAAGUGAUUUUAAAUCAUUUUGGUAUAGAGCACUUUUAUUAUUUACUUUUAGGGAAAUAAUGGAAAACGGAUGGGUAGGUGGAUAGCGAACUAAAUCAACUGAAAUGCAGGGGCUAACAAAAAAACCACACACACACACACCCCCCCACACACAAACAACUACUAUAUGGCUUAAAUUUAAACAUGUGUAUAGAUAGAUAUAACUUGUACAGGACAGGAGGUUUUGUGGGUAGACGGACAAAUGACAGGGGAAAUAUGUAAUAAUUUAUAUAUUAUAAUAAUCAACCAAAACAUGCCUUCAGCAUAUCUAGCAUUUUGGGUCUCCUAAUUUUGCUAAAAGCUGAAGAACCUAAAACAAGGGGGAAAGCACCCAUGUGGUACUGUUCUGAAUUCGAGGAUUUCGGGGCCACUGGGCCUCUGGAAGGUCUUCCCUCCUUGCUAACCCCUUUUUAAAAAUGUCUUCAGGCCUGAUAUGAUAAAAAUCAGUUAUUACAAUGUAUUUUUUUUCCUCCACAGUAUGACCUUAGCAAUAUAUUACCACAUAAAGAACAGAGCUGCAGAUAGAUCCUUGGAUAUUUUUGAUGAGAGAUUACAUCCACUCACACGAGAAAAGAUUCCAGAGGAAUACUUCGAGCAUGAUCCUGAACACGAAUUCAUUUACAGAUUUGUUCGUACUCUUUUUAGUGCCGCACUGCUAACUGCUGAAUGUGCAGUAGUAACUUUGGUUUACUUAGAAAGGCUUUUAACUUAUGCUGAGAUCGACAUGUGCCCCACUAACUGGAAAAGAAUUGUUUUGGGAGCCAUUCUUCUUGCCUCCAAGCUUUGGGACGAUCAGGCUGUAUGGGAUGUGGACUACUGCCAGAUCCUCGAGGACGUUACAGUUGAGGACAUGAAUGAGAUGGAAAGGCACUGCCUGGAGCUACUUCAUUUUAAUAUUAAUGUUCCUUUCAGUGUGUAUGCCAAAUACUACUUUGACCUUCGCUCCUUAGCAGAUGACAACAACCUGAAUGUUCUAUUCACUCCUCUUAGCGAAGAAAGAGCACAGAACUUAAAGGCCAUUUCCAGAUUGUGUGACGACGAAUACAAAGACGUGUGUAGAGCUGCUAUGAGAAGGUCUUUCAGCGCUGAUCAUUUCAUUGGUAUUCGGCGCUCCAAUGCCAUCCUCUCUUAAGGGAGAAGUGAGGGGUUGUAACAUCAUAAACCCCUCAAAACAAGGACUGGAGAAAUAGCACCUCUCCUGCUCAGAAACCAGCAAAGUUAGUAUUUUCACCUUAAAGAAAGACAUUGAAUUCAAGAGACUCAUGGACAAGCGAAGAUUAUGCUCAUAGGAAAGAACGGGACCUCGUCAAUGUAACACGCUCUUCUGUCCUUUUUAUUGUAAACAGAGUUACAAAAACCACUCCAAAGCUAAAAGCUCCCAAUCCAUGCACAGAUAUCUGCUCCCAAUCGACACACAGAUAUCUGAUAGCUGAGAACUAUGUGAGGUUUUUUAAUUAAUAGCUUAAAUUUUUAGACUUUAAAGACUUUAGACUUUAACUAUAUAAAGACUUUUAACUAUUUAAA